AUGUCACGACCGCUACUGACGAUUGCUUUGUUUGCGUCGGUGUUACUGAGCCUUUUAUUGCAGUCGGCCGACGGCGCGGGAGCUGACAUCGGUGACCACAUUUUGCAGCGGGAUGCUGCCACUGACCAAAUACCCGGUCUUUGGUUGUCCGAUCUGUUUUACCGGGCGCUAGCCAACUUCACCUUGCAGCGGGCGGACGGAACGGCUUGCCGCCGCCAAUCCGCCUUGUACGAGGCACAUUUGAGAAAUCACACCAGUUGGGCUGUCAGAAGUGAGUGA